AUGGCUUCUCGUUUUCAGCAUCAAAACAUUAUCAUGCGAACAGGUGCUGAGAAUACACAGACUGAUCAUCUUAAGGAUGCCAUCUUGACCCAACAUCGAAUUCUCUUCGGUGAAGAAAUUUUUUGGUACCAAGUUCGCGUGACUUCAGAAAUACAUCAAAAGCAAGAAAUUGAAAUAAAAAUCUGUAAAGAAAAGAUGAAGUGGCUCUCUAAUUUUGUUAUAGAUGACUACAUGAAUUUGAUCCAGUCUUUUGGCAACAUCAAAUUUGUUGUUCUGCCAAAGAGUAAGAUUGCUGCUGUGUUAGAUAGUAAACCUGAAGGAUUUGUAAAGCCUUCAACUCAAAAUGUGAUGAACAAGAUAGGAGCUGUUCUAGCAGAGUCCAACUUCAAUGUGGGGGACUGGACAUUUGCAUGUAAUAUGAAAGAAGAAGUUCCCCAGCAGACAAAUGACUUUGAUUGUGGUGUCUACAUUUGUCUCUAUGCCAGAUGCUGAACAGGGCUAGGACCAAUGAUCAAAGAACCAUGUUUUCCAGAAUUUAGGCUUGGAAUGGCAUAUAACCUGCACAGAAUAAUCUUGCAAAAGAUCCCUGAGCCUGACAUCACAAUCGACCAGUUCUACGCAGUAGAUUACCUCACCAACUACUUAUACAUUGGCAGAGCACAGAGUGUAGAAAACCAGAUGGUGACCUUUAGAUAUCUACACAGAGUAGGAGCUUUCAAAUUUGACUUUCCUAGAAGAGCAGAUAUCAACGCAAAGCUUGUCUCUUCAGUUUUCUUUGGUCCUUUGACCAUUGAGAGUAGAGGUCAUCUUAAUACUCCCUUUCAAUGCAAAAA